GAGCAGAUCACCAACCACAAAACCACGUAACAACCGGUCAGCCUGAUCGUCUAGACACCUUGGUUCACGCUUGGAACUCCGUGGUCGCGUCCUUGUGUUCUCUGUGUCUGAACCCGACGUACAAGAGCACGGGAAACGGGGAGAAGAUGUACUCGUCACGGGCUGCUGCCUCUGGGCGCUCUCCGUAUCUGACGCGGACGAUGACAAUGAUGACCAAGACAGCAGACAAUCUCGGUAUUACUCAUGUGCCCGCCACCGAACAGUCCAGAGGACAUAGCCGACGCCACACUCCCCUGCACAGCCACUGUCAUCCGCUAACCUCUUUUCUGGACCGCCUCUUGAGGUUUCUUGCCGAUGGCCGAGCUCGCAUCCUUGGGGAGUCGCAAGAACACACGGAUUGUCUUCGGUGACGUCUUUCUGGCCUGACAUGGCUCUCUGAGCUGCAUCGCACCACGCUCUGUCUGGCCUUCAUUACAUCUCUGCCCUUCCUGAUUCGCUGCCGCCCGCUCGCGCUGACGCCACUUCUGCGACCCAUGCUCCAGAUAUCGUGUUUGUGUCACACCACAUUUCGCUCUCUACCGUGAUGUUCACCAGUCGCCCUCUUGCAGGGCAGCCUCUCAUUACAAGAUGCGUGCAAUGCGCCUCCAGACGCUCGAGAAGAAGAGCUCCACUCUCCCGGAGCUUCUUCUCGGACACCGCGUCGUCCAGAGUGCAUCAGCCGUCGAAGAAUUCGGUAUUCUGGAAGCCAUCUGCCCAGACAGCCCUUGCAUUUGGUAUCCCGCUCAUCGGUCUUAUGCUUUAUAACCUCAAUCUGGUACUAUGAAACACCCUCUCCUCCACCCCGUUGACAGACCUGCUAAGCGCUGGAAGACGAGCGGCGGUCGCCCGCUGAUGGAUGAGCCUUCGCUCGCCGACCGCGAUGCCCUUUCGAAGAGGGAGUCCGGAAUCACAGAGUCAUCGGCUAUGAGACUGCGGAUGGAAGCUUUGAUCAAGGAGAAACAAAAGGAGAUCAUCAAGGAGAUAGAAAGAAUCGAUGGCAAGAAGUUUCAGGUUGACACCUGGGACAGGCCCAGCGGUGGCGGAGGCAUCAGCUGCGUUCUGCAGGAGGGCAAUGUCUUCGAAAAGGCUGGAGUGAACACGUCCGUCGUGUACGGCAAGCUGCCACGCCCGGCCAUCCUCCGCAUGCGCGCCGAUCACAAAGCCAUAGAUCCGGAUGUUGAAAGCCUUGACUUCUUUGCCGCAGGCUUGAGCGUGGUCAUGCACCCACGCAACCCCAUGGCACCCACAGUGCACUUCAACUACCGUUAUUUCGAGACAGCGAAUCCGGACGGUACCUCAAAUGCCUGGUGGUUCGGCGGCGGAUGCGACUUGACGCCCAGCUACGUCUUCGACGAAGAUGCCAUACACUUCCAUAAGACGAUCAAGGACGUUUGUGAUAAGCACGACAAAGCGUAUUACCCGCGCUUUAAGAAGUGGUGUGACGAAUACUUCUACAACAAGCACCGGGCUGAGGCCCGGGGCAUUGGCGGCAUAUUCUUUGACGACUUGGACGCUACGGAAAAGGGCCAGGAACAGCUUUUCGCGUUCGUAAAGGACUGCUUGAAUGCGUUCCUACCGCAGUACGUACCUAUCAUUGAGCGCAGGAAAGACAUGCCCUUUACCGAGAAGGAAAAGCAGUGGCAGCAGCUGAGACGCGGCCGCUACGUAGAGUUCAACCUGGUAUACGACCGUGGCACGUCGUUUGGGCUGAACACACCAAACGCGAGGGUCGAGAGCAUCUUGAUGAGUCUGCCGCUCGAGGCUCGUUGGGAGUAUAUGCACAAACCGGAGCCUGGGAGUAGAGAGGAACGAUGUUUGAAUGUGCUGAAGAAGCCCAUUGAGUGGGUAUAAGAAAGUAAUCUUGUCUUUUAAUGUGAUAUCUAGGGAACAUACAAAACAAUGCUUCAUAGUUUUUUUUUUCA